AGAGAGGGAGAGAAGGGCGUAUGGUAUUAAUCGGCCAAGCAGAAAGCCCCAGUCCAACUGACAGCGGCGGCUAGCAGACGAGGCAACGAGAGAGGCAGAAGAGAAGCCCGAUUUCUCCAAUGUCAACAGUCUAUAUUCUAAGGCAGUGAAAUAUAUACAAAUAAUUAACGGGAUGAUGAUAUUAAUUUUUCCUGAUGAUUUUUGUUUAACACACGGAUAUCAGAUUCAUUAUUAAUAGACCAUCUGCCUACACACACUCGAACCGGAACACCGGUUUACAGGCAGCGUGCGUGGGUAACGUCUACGGUACGAUGGAUGGUAUUCUGUGUCAAUAUCGAUCGGUGUGACUACCUCGAGUCACCUUUGAGUCACUGGAUUGUUUCACGUGAAGGUUUAUUUCUCGAAACGCAACGUGAGUAGGCUAAUCAACUAGUCAUCGUACUGAACGGGCUUUCCUGUCACCAACGGGGUGGAAUUGAGAAACCUUCGCUUAUUGUGGCCCGAAUUCUUUAUUGGAAUAUUUUUGAACAGAAACAGUUUAUUGGGAAAUGACCUAGUCUUCACAGGACCAUUUCAACCGGAACUAAUCAGAUGAUGAAGAUUCCGUCUCCCUGCGUCAAUGACGGCUAAAAUGGAUACCCCUUUCUACCACGACGAAGCCCCAGGUAUUCCUCACAACUUCGGACAACACCAUGCAGAUUACCAACGUUACCAGGGCCACAAGAUGAUGAGUAAGAAGGUGGCACAUAACUUCUCAGGCGGUUCCCACAGCAGCCUGAAACUGUCACAAAGCCAGCCGGGGAGUAACUGUAAUAUCAAUCCUAAUAAUUUGGGAGGGAUUAACAGCAACACAAACAGCUCGUUAAUGCCCGGCGGCUUGUCAGAUAUGAACCUUCUGAAGCUAGCCUCCCCUGACCUCGAGCACCUCAUCAUCCAGUCUAACCAGGGCCUAGUGACGACAUCUCCUGUCCCCAACCCUAACGGAGGUAACCCCUUCAUGUACCGGAACAACGCCACUAACGAACAGGAGGGUUUUGCCGAUGGGUUCGUCAAAGCCCUGGCGGAUCUUCAUAAACAGAACCAGCUGGUUGGAGCUCCCGUGUCCCCUUCCUCCUCUAUGCAAGGCCCCUACCAGAGGAACAUCAUGUCUGCAGGAGACCUGCCCAUCUAUACCAACCUCAGCAGCUACAACCCGAACCACCCCAGCCAUAUAUCAUCAUCCUACCCAGGGGGCCAGAUGCCCGACAGCUACCCAGGCCAUGGCCCCCACAGACUUGGAGGCCAGGGACCCCACAAUCCCCACAACAGGGGGUUGGACGCCCCUCAGACUGUCCCAGAGGUCCCUCAUCCUCCCGGGGACCCCACCUCCUCCCCUCCCUCGCUCUCUCCCAUCGAACUGGAGACCCAGGAGAGGAUCAAGGCCGAGAGGAAGAAACUACGUAACCGGAUCGCGGCGUCUAAGUGUCGUAAAAGGAAGCUGGAGCGGAUCUCCAGGCUAGAGGAGAAGGUGAAGGUUCUGAAGACCCAGAACUGUGACCUGACCUCCACCGCCUCGGUACUGAGGGAACAGGUGGCCCAGCUCAAACAGAAAGUCAUGAAUCACGUCACCAAUGGCUGCCAGAUAGCAGUGAGUUCAGCCACCCUGCAGGCCAACAGCACCAGGGAGAGGGACAGCACCAACUGUUGAUCAACGGACUGUACUGUACAGGGAUGAGAAGUGUAUUUUUUUGUUCUGUUGCUCUGAGUCAGUCCUCUAUAAAGGAGGUAGUACCUCUACUGUACAGGGAUGAGGAGUGUUGUGAUGGUAAGUGAAAUAUGCUAACUACGUGAGUGGUUGGGGAGAAUCCCACCUCUCUAUGCUAACCGCUAACUACGUGAGUGGUUGGGGAGAAGGGAGAAUCCCACCUCUCUAUGCUAACUGCUAACUACGUGAGUGGUUGAGGAGAAGGGAGAUUCCCACCUCUCUAUGCUAACUGCUAACUACAUGAGUGGUUGAGGAGAAGGGAGAAUCCCACCUCUCUAUGCUAACUGCUAACUCAUUGAGUGGUUUUAGGAGAAGGGAGAAUCCCACCUCUCUAUGCUAACUGCUAACUACGUGAGUGGUUGGGGAGAAGGGAGAAUCCCACCUCUCUAUGCUAACUGCUAACUACGUGAGUGGUUGAGGAGAAGGGAGAAUCCCACCUCUCUAUGCUAACUGCUAACUCAUUGAGUGGUUUUAGGAGAAGGGAGAAUCCCACCUCUCUAUGCUAACUGCUAACUACGUGAGUGGUUGGGGAGAAGGGAGAAUCCCACCUCUCUAUGCUAACUACGUGAGCGGUUGGGGAGAAGGGAGAAUCCCACCUCUCUAACCUCUACAGACACUUUGAGUUGUAGUAGUAACACAACAAGACAUUUCACUUUUAUUUUGCCCUCGCGCAGCCCUGAAAGUGACCAAAGCACCUCUGUUUAACAGGAGAUUAUCACAUGAAAACCUCUGCUUAACAGGAGAGUACCACAUGAAAACCUCUGCUUAACAGAAGAGUACCACAUGAAAACCUCUGCUUAACAGAAGAGUACCACAUGAAAACCUCUGCUUAACAGAAGAGUACCACAUGAAAACCUCUGCAUAACAGAAGAGUGCCACAUGAAAACCUCUGCUUAACAGGAGAGUACCAGACUGACGACUGCAGUCUACAACACUGAACCAUGUAACCAUUAGAAGAGUGAGGAGCGGAGGAUAUUGUGCCUCUAGUAUACAGUUCAGUAGGUCCCGGGUGUUUGUGGUAAACAGGAAGUAUAAUAACUGAGAGAGUAUGAAACAUCCGGGGUUCCCAUCACCUCAGAACAAGAAUUUCUACGUUCUAGGUCAUCUCUAUGAUAAAAAAAGAAUAUGCAUCAAAACACUGUUCUAUUAUAUUUUUAUCUGAGUAUUGUCAGUUAUAAUUGUCAUUAUCUGAGUAUUGCCAAAUAUAAUUGGCAUUACCUGAGUAUUGUCACUUAGAAUUGUCAUUACCUGAGUAUUGUCAGGUAUAAUUGUCAUUAUCUGAGUAUUGCCAGAUAUAAUUGGCAUUACCUGAGUAUUGUCAGUUAUAAUUGUCAUUACCUGAGUUUUGUCAGGUAUAAUUGUCAUUACCUGAGUCAGAUGAUAAGGUUACAUCUGUAGUUUGACUUUAGAACAAAUGACAAUUAAUGGUACUGGAAGAGUCUCGUGUGGCACCUCAAGGCCCUGAUCAUACUCAUUCUACGCUGUAGUUUGAAGUUAUGGGAAUUUAAGCUUUUUCCGCUUUAAAACAAAAAUAUAAUUGGUCAAAGUAUCACAAUGUUGUUGAUCAAAUCCAUCGGGCUUAAUAAUGUGAUGUAGAUAAGAGGUGCAGAUUUAUUUCUUUGAGUCACUUUAGUCUCUUGUCUUGGAAUAUAUUAUCUGUCUGUUUAGAAUUGUGCAAUGUGUGUAUGAGAUGACAGCAAAACCAACCUCUUGAGACUUUCAACUCUAAGGGUUGGAUACAAUCCGUAUUGCCAAAGUAUUGCCGAAUAUCCGCGUUAUAGCUUGUUUGAAAUUUAAAGACAAUGUUCCCGCGUUUGCAGAGACUGCAUUCACGGUAAAAGAUGCAUAUGUCGGCUUAAUCGGAAAUGACCUUUUCAUUUUAACACGGAUCUUGUGCGAUCCGGAUUGAAUCCAGACCUAAAUGUGUUUUUUAUUAAAUAACUGUGUUCAUGUGAAACAGACAGAAGCUUCUGGUGAUAUAUAAAUAGUUUAAAUAGAUUUAAACCAAUCACAUCUUUGUAAGAUUACUAUUGGUUGUCAUUUUGGAACAUGGCUGAUUCAUUUUGGAACCUUGGUAAUUCAUUUUGGAACCUUGGUAAUUCAUUUUGGAACCUUGGUAAUUAAUUCAUUUUGGAACCUUGGUAAUUCAUUUUGGAACCUUGGUAAUUCAUUUUGGAACCUUGGUAAUUCAUUUUGGAACCUUGGUAAUUCAUUUUGGAACCUUGGUAAUUCCUUUUGGAACCUUGGUAAUUCAUUUUGGAACCUUGGUAAUUCAUUUUGGAACCUUGGUAAUUCUGAAAGAUUUUCCUCCAUUCCAACCAAAAUACCCUUUGCACUGUUCUUCCUGUGAUGUUGACCUAUAGGUUUUAGUGUAGGAGUCUAAUGAUGUUCAAUGUGGUAACAUUGUGGAUCAGUGCUGUGUUAACCUGAACUACACUGUGUCAGAGAUACAUUUUCACAUACAUUUUAGAUAAACUUGUUGUGUUAAUAGACAGACGGACGGACGGGCGGACGGGCGAACAGACAGACAGACAAGAGGCUUCUUGAGAAUGCAGCAAGCUACGAUGAAGUAACAAGACAAGGGCUUUUAAUCAAUAGAUAGAUAAUGAUUUUAUUUCUUGUUUUAUAACAUUUCUGGAGCAAUUUAUUUACGCAAAAUGUAUCUUUGGUAUUUAUGUUUUUGGGGAAAUAUGAUAUUGCACAUAAAUGAAAACAUGAAAUCUUGUGUGAUAUUUAUCUGUGGUCUCAACAUGGACUCUGUGUUGACAUGUUUCUACGAACUAUGUCAUACUUUAUUUAAAAUGUUUUCCUAUGAUUGUCGAUAAAGUAUUUAAAUCAUAUACUAAGCGCUCCACUUUCUAUAUGAAUUAGUUUAACUUCUUCACAAAAACAAUGAUUUAAUGCAGUGGACCAACAUGGCAACUUAAAGAAAACUGUUUUGUUGAUUGAUGCUUAAACAUUUUUGAAAGAUAUCUUUAAGUCUCUAUACUGUAAGUACUAUUACAUAGUUGGUGCACUGAAUGUACUUCCCUAUAAUUACAGUAUAUACAUAAACAAUGGUAUUUAUGUACACAGAGUGUACAAAACAUUAGGAACACCUUAAUAUUGAGUUGUAUCACCCUUUUGCCCUCAGAACAGCCUCAGUUCGUCGGGACAUGGACUCUACAAGGUGUCGAAGCCGUUCCACAGGAAUGCUGGCCCCAUUUUAACUCCAAUGCUUCCCACAGUUGUGUCAAGUUGGCUGGAUGUCUUUUGGGUGGUGAACCAUUCUUGAUCCACACGGGAAACUGUUGAGAGUGAAAAACCCAGCAGGGUUAAAGUUCACGACUCAAACCGGUGCGUCUGGCACCUACUACAAUACCCCAUUCAAAGGCACUUUAUAAUUGUGUCUAGCCCAUUAACCCUCUGAAUGGAACACAUACACAAUACAUGUCUCAAUUGUCUCAAGGCUUAAAAAUCCUCCUUUCACCCCGUCUCCUCCCCUUCAUCUGAUUUAAGUGUAUUUAGCAAAUGAAAUCAAUAAGGGAUCUUUCACCUGGACAGUCUAUGUCAUGGAAAGAGCAGGUGUUCUUAAUGUUUUGUACACUCAGUGUAUGUCUUAGUCUGGAGAGAAAUAAAUAAAAAAGCGAAUAGUCAAGACAGACUUCAAAUCUCUUAAAUAAUUUUUGUGAACGUCGAGGAAAAUAUGUAUUUUUUAAACUUGAAUAAGGCUUUUGAAGUCAAUUAUGAUAAUGAUUAUAUUUUUGUACAAAAUGUAUUCAACAUUGUUACAGUUCAAUGAUUGAGUGAAAAGGAUGAGUUAAACCUUCUGACAUGUUGGUGUGAUUGUUAUAGUUCCAUAAUAUACAUGAUUUAUUGAGGUGGAUGUUUCAAAUAAUAUUUUUUUGUAUGUACUGAAGUAGGUGUGUGCACAUAGGAACACUACUCUUUGUCGUGUAAAGUCAUCUUGUGUCGAUUUCAGUCAAAUAGUAGUCAUACGUUUCAUAAUUUUUUCCCCCAGGAUAAGUCAGAUUUAAAAAAAAAAGGUUGUUUGAUGGGACUAGGAAGGUUGUGUUCAAUCGACGCUGUGUGUGGAUCUUUCCUUCCUGAAAAGAGCUGCUCCUCUUUGAGGAGAAGGUUUAGUUUAGUUUCUCAGACUGUUUUUCAUUUUCAGUAACUGAGCCAAUCUGAGACAUGUCUUUUUUAUACACGUGAGAGAAGGAAUGUCAAGCAGUAGAAUCUACAAACAACUGUCUGUGAUUUGGUGCCGGUUUGACAUUUAUUUUUUUCUCCAGUUAACCUGGUGAUUUGUUAGGCUAAAGCGAUGAUAACAUUUUAAAGCGCGCUAAUACAGGUAUUUGGAGAUGACCUGAUUUAAAAUUGUAAGCACCCUGACCCCUCAUGAUCAAGCCAAAGAUAAUAGUUUAUCAGCACUUACACAAUAACAUGGAAUACUUCUUUGCAAAAGAAACAUUGGUCUCAAUGGGACUUUGCUGCUUAAGUUUAUACGUGUUGAUUUGAGACAGUCAUAGAUACCCAAGUUGUAAGUGUAACAUGGCGUAUGUGAGCGUUGAACUGCCUCCGUCUGCCUAGAGGCCCAGGGACCCAGAGGCCCAGGGACCCAGAGGCCCAGGGACCCAGAGGCCCAGGGACCCAGGCUUUUUGUUUUGUGGUACAGGUGGUUAGGUGCUCACCUCUGCACUGUAAGAGACAGUGUUUGACAAGCGGCUACCUUUUCUGAAUAAAAUGACAACACAUUGAAUAUACAGCCAUACAUAAAGUCACUUGUAAGGUAGACAAGUGGCUACACCGUCUGAAUAAGUUAACAGAACAUUGAAGAUAAGUUGUGUUUAUUCACUACGACGACGAUGAUGAGAAACACUAUUUCGCUGUAAAGGAUCAAUAAGGGUUUUAAAGGGAAGUCAAGCUGUAGUUUAUGACAUCAUAUCCUGUUGAGCACUGACACAGCUGUUGGUGUGUACCCAAGGGAAAAUUCUAUGUCAGAGGGUGCGUCUGAAAAUUGCACCCUGAUACAUGAAUUUUCUGUGGAAUAAGGUGCCAUUUUGGGACAGUAGCCGUCUGAAUAUAGUUGGCUGUACAAUGAGAGGGAAACAUGUCUAUCGGCUACAGGGCGACUUGCCUUGGUUUAAACUGUUGUUUCGACUGAUUUCUUUUGGUUUUCAAUGUGCCGUCUUCUUGAAAAAGUGUUCAUUGUUUCCUUGAAUGAUUUUUUAAAAAUCAAACCAAUAAAAGGAGCAUGUUUCUGAAACAGGAA